UCCCCAUGCUUUGAACCAUGUGGCUUUAUAAUGAGGUGCAGCUUUAACCAGAAAGGAUGGAUGCUGGAAAGUCUAAUGAAGGGUUAAAGGAGUGCUACGGAAAGCGCCCAGGAGGAUUUUGUUCACCUCAAAACGGCGCUGCUUGUUUUCCCAGCUUCACCCCGGUAUGAUGACAGCAACACGGAGAGCAACACUGACAUCGCCACAGAAAAGGUAUUUGACGAAGCCAGGGGCGUGUCCAGGGAGUGGCUUGGGGUAGCACAUGCCACCCUUGGAAUCUGAUUGGCCACCCCAGGUGCCACCCCACUAAGUUCCAGUUUAAAUUGACUUUACAUUGUCGACAAAAGGCUUGGGUUGUAAACUCCAAAAUAGUGUGUGGUUGCAUGCACCUUUCACCUUGUUUUCUAGCCCAGGUAUGUAGUAUUAAUAUUAUUUAAUAUUUUUUCAUAUUCACAUACAUAAUAUUUAGAGUCCCACUCAACUCCAGUUGGUGGCAGUAAUGACACAAGAAGUGACUUGCUAACCACCACAAAAGUAGAAGAUGAAGAGGGGAAAAAAUGGUGAUUGUGCAAUGUGAAACUCAAAAAUUCACUAGAAAGUAAAUAAAUAAAUAAACAAUUUGUGUAAAUAAAUAAAUAAGCAUAACCAUUGGUGCCACCCAUGAAUAAACAAGUGGCCCACAUGGGCCACCCCAUUUUAAAAGUCCUGGACACGGCUCUGGACGAAGCUCUUUUGAGGCUGUUCUACUCCCGACACUGAAGAAGAUGACUUCAGUGCGCAGGAGGAUGAUGAAUAAACUAAUCAAUAACUUUUCUGUUUUUUUUUAAUACUGAUCAGUUCAGUUACGUUCAGUUAAACUACGUUUUGAAUUCAGUAAACAUCUACAGCUUUUAGCCCGGCACGGCUUACAUUGAGGUGCGCUGCAUAGUCCGGAAAUUACGGUAUGUAUUUGAGUUCAAACAACUUAUCAAGCUUGCCUUUUGCUCCCGCAAAAAAUCUGGUUUAACCCUGUUUUGAACAGUGGCACUGUUGAGCGCUAAGCGGCUGCCUGCACUUGAGAGUGUGAGAAGGAGCAAGCAAGUUAUCCAACCCACAUUUGACGUUGAAGGAUAUAUUUUUGUCUUUGAUUCAGUCCUAAAACGAUUGCUAUUUGAAGUGUAGCUGAGCGGGACACCUGGAGCAGCAUUUGGAAAAUGGCUGUGCAACAGAGAAUGCUUAUGAGAGUCAUCAUCACUGAAGGGGACAUAAGGAAGGUGGAACUGACAACAAAGCCUGAUACAGUUGAUAUUUUGGUUGGGUCCCUUAAAGAUGUGCUUCAAAUAAAAUACAACUUCACCCUUCAGUAUAAAGAUCCCAGCUUUGACAACGAACUCUGUAAUUUAACCGAGAUAUCAGAGCUACCUGAACGACCUACUGUCAAAAUCAUUCCUUUGCUUACUCUUGAGGCGGUACCUGACAUACAGAUGAGUUCACCCACAAGUGACACAACAAGCCAGGCUGACACUGACAUCCUCCCCUACUCACCCCAGGAACGACGCCAGUGGCCAGAGCUUUUUGAUAUGUAUAUACCAAAAUUUUCUGUAGAUGUAGAAUACAGACUGCGUCAAGCAAACCUGCUGCAUCUCAGAGAUGGAACACACCUCAACCCAUCAAAGGAGCUAAAACAUGACAUCCUUGAGAGGCUUGCCGAGACCAUAUAUGCCAUGAAAGCUUACCCAACAAAUGCGGAAUUUGAAGCUGUUGCCUCAGCACUGGUGCGAGUGCACCCAUGUCUGAAAGAACAAGGAUCAAUGUCCGGCUGGAGUGGCUGGAAAAACAGCCUGAAAUUCAAGAUGGGGAAUUACAGAACAAAAAUGCGUCAGCUGGGUCACCUUGAUGUCACUGUCAACGGUGGUAAAUACGGAAAGCACUCUCCUUCUGGAGAUCCACCAAACAAGAGAAUCAAGAAGCCAAAGAGAGGAGAAGUCAAUUACUUACCUGAUUAUCCAGAGGGAGAAGAUGAGUCCAGUCUUGAAGAUGCUCGACAGCUGAUGGUUGCAGAAAUGAAGAAGAAAACUCCAAAUACAGCCAUGAUGAAGCAAAAGAUGGAUCUGACAUUUGCUCUUCGAAGGAAAGAAAUUGUGAACGACAAGCCCGCCAUCAUCCAGAUAUGUCAACGAUGGCCUCCUCUCUUUACGGAAAACCAGGUGUGUCUGGAAUUCAGCAGAGUGGUUGGUAAAAGCCUGAGAAAGGAGUUCUAUGAGGCCCUUGACCACCUAUGUCCCAGGCUUAUGGAAAUCUUUAAGGCAAAGAGGGGUCUUACAGGGCAGGUGUUGGCUGACCUGAUGCGACAAACAAAGGCUUCGGAUGUGAUGGAGGUUAGAUCCCUGGUCCUCAGGGGGCUUCCAGUCAUUCUCGGUGAUGAUCCAUCUGCCUUCUUCAAGGCCUGCUUUGACACUGACGGUGAAGACAGUUUGUGGAGUGAUGUUCCAGUGGGGAUCCUCUGCCGUGAACAGGAUAUUUCAGCACACAUGCAGUCCCUUCACCACCAUACAUCCUCAUGGGAAUCAUCUUGGAGGGCAAGAUUGUGAUGGAUGCCGAGAACCUGCCCCAGGCCAUGUACAUCCUCUUUGGACUUACUUAUGCACUGCAUCUCAACUACCCAAAGUACAUGAAAAACACAUUUGACUUUAUUCAACAGAUACUUCUGAACUUGGGUAAGUCAGAUCUAACACCAAAACU